AUGGGCAACGUCGCGUCGGGCGUGCCUCUGCGUCGGCGGGCGGCGGUGGAGGAGCGGCUCACGCGGCCGCGCCGCCUCCUCAGGGAGCUUCCCGACGUCGACGCCGCUCGCCUGCGCCGCUUCAUCCGCAACGGCGACCUCGCGCCGUGCUUCGACGCGGCCGAGGACGACGUCGACGGCCAAGCCGAGGAGUGCCCCAUUUGCUUCUACUUCUACCCGAACCUGAAUAGAUCCAAAUGUUGCGGCAAAGGGAUCUGCACAGAAUGCUUCUUACAGCUGAUGCCAUCGAACACUUCUAAAGCUGUCCAUUGUCCUUUCUGCAAAACCAAGUCCUACGCAAUUGAAUACCGAGGUGCUCGAACGGCAAGACGAACAUAACGUCAAUGAGACUAAAAUGAAGUACAUUCGAAAUCUCAGAUUGCCGGUGAAAUUAUUCUACCUUAGAAUUAGCAAGUCCAGUUUUACACUGCUGCAAGCUUACUAACCUACUGGUAAUUCUUUCUAACCUUGGAAAGCUUUCAUGGCUGUCAUGAUUCAUCAUCUUGACUGAAUUAUUUGGAAUAUCAAUUUGUUCACAAAAGAGUCUGAUUCCGCUUGUGUGGCUCAGCAUUGCGUUCCACUGUAUACUGAAUAAAAAAUGUUCUACUAGUGGCUGUAAGCCUGUAAAAGAAUGAGGAGUUGGUGUAGAAUUGUACGUUGAUUCUGUAGGCAGCUCUUGAGACAAAGAUUAAGCUCCAAGUGUUGUCCUAAACUGCAUUACUGGUGAUCAAGACAUCCACGUCAGCAUCCAAUAAUACAAUUGCAAUUGCUCGGAUUCCGUGCGGUGCAC